AGCAAGCAAUGUAGCAAACGCUAACGGUACCAUUUGUGCAAACAUUACAGGGCAUAGCGACUACAGUCAAAGUGUGGAUAUAAAUAGUGAGGCCUGGACCACCAAAAGACACACUCAGAGUUCAGCAGCUCUACCGUCGACAAGCAACAGCAAGCAUUACCAAACGCCCACCAAACCCAAUCAACAUGAAGUUCUUCGCUGUCCUCGUCUGCUUCUCCGCUGUCCUGGCCAUCGCAAUGGCAUCUACCGCAACUACAUCGACCAGCACUCCCAGCACACCCUCUACGCCCUCGACCACGACAUACACCUACACCACCAGCCCCAGUUACCCCACCUCCACCUACACGGACACCACCACCACGAAGCCCGUCAAGCAGCAGAUCCUGUCCCUGCUGUUCAACAAGAAGUCCGGAUAGAGCCGCCCAUCAGAACCUCGAUGCUGCCACUUG